GUCUGGCAGUGGAUACGUAAGAAGUGGCCACGGGAUGGGCGACUUCUUAGUCGUGGGUAUAUAAGCCGCUGCUCUUCCUCAGGUCAACACAAUCAACGCUACGCAGUCCUCCGGUCACUGGUACUCUCUCAACAACAUGAAACUUUUGUCGCUGGUGCUGAUUGUGAUGGUGGCCCUGACCGUCGUCAUAGGGUCAGCCCGUGCCAUGCCAGGCCCCUACGCUCUGGCUGACGCUGACCCCAGUGCUGACCCACACUGGGGUUACCGCCGGUUUGGUGGCUAUGGUGGAUUUGGUGGCUUUGGAGGUUAUGGUGGUUAUGGUGGUUAUGGUGGUUAUGGUCGCUACGGAGGUUUUUGGGGUUAAAAGCUUGUUAUGAGGUUCAAGCACUCGCAAGUGAAGGAUCCCGCUGGAUGACGACCAGUCAUACAACAAACAACCCUACAACCACAAAAUGCUUCAACUUGGAGAUUCCAAACUUGAGAGUAGACGUACUGGAGGGCUCUCCUGGAAUUAAAUCUUAUUGUUGACCACCAACACCUCAGUUCAGACCUCCAGUACCUCUACUGCAUCUACUAGCUUCAACCGGUACUUUCACCAUUCUGCAGAAGUUGCUGAAGAGUAGCACUCUUUAUUAAUUAAUUUACAAUCAAUAAAAGUUUUUUUUUCAACAAAAA